GGCGGCAGUCACAGUCACUUUGUUUCUUAUCAUGGUCAAUUUCAAGUCUAUAAUGUUGUCAACCUUUAUAUCAGUGUUUAUAAUUUUAACUAUUUUAGCGAGUAUAAGUGGAGAUUGGGUGUUUAAUAGUAUAAUAAAUCAUUCAGUUUCAUGUGACCACAACAAAACUCUAAACAGAGAUGUCUCCAGAGUUCAAGUAUACUUCUACGACUUCAAGAACAAUUACAACAACAGCUACCCCAUCGACAACGCCGCAGAAGAACUAACCAAAUCUUACAAUCUAGACGUUACCAGGAAACUAGUAUUCUUCGUCCCUGGCUUCAAGUCAAACAUAACCAGAAAAACGGAAGAACUCAUCAGACAAACCUUCAAGGAUGUACAGGAUACCUAUCUUAUCAUAAUAGAUCAUUCUCCGUACACUUCUCUGGUACAUGGUAAAUCAGACAGCUAUAGCUACGGCAGAGCAGUAUCCUAUGUGUACUAUAUCGGGAGAGCAUUAGGAAAAUUCUUAACUGAUUUGAGAGCCAAAGGAUUUCCGUCUUCGAAAAUUCAUUGCGUCGGCCACAGUUUGGGAAGCCAGAUCUUAGGCAACGCGGGUUAUGAAUUCAGUAUGCUGACUAAAGAGAAGGUUUGGAGAAUAACUGGGAUAGAUCCUGCUGGUCCUUGCUUCUCAAACAGUUUUAUCGAAGAGCAGAUCCGCUCAGGGUUAGCGGGAUACGUGGAGGUAUACCAUUGCAAUGCCGGCGGAUUAGGGACAACGAGCGUGUUAGCUGACGCGGAUUUUUUCCUUAACAAAGGAUAUAAGCAGCCUGAUUGUAACGAAGGACUUGUACCGGUGAAAGGAGAUUCUGACCAAGCGAAGUGCAGUCACAAAGCUUGCGUCACGCUCUGGGCUAAGACGGUCCAUCACCCUGGAGCAUAUUUGGCGUGGGCAUGCGAUUCAUAUAAGUCCUUCUCAAAAGGAAAGUGUGCUGGAAAUGAAGUUACUAUUGCUGGAUAUUCAAACCCUGGGAACGCUACUGGAGUGUUUUAUGCGUCUACUGAUGGAUAUGGAAUUUAAAAUGUAAAAUCAUAU